AUGUCUGCUGUUACGCUAUCGGACAUUCCGAAGGAAGACAGUCCACAACAAAGAGAUGUUUCAGUCAAAACGGAUCCUCAGAGUCCACAUGACUGGUCAGCGGGGAAGAAAGCGUUCUUCUCGUUAGGCAUUGUGUUGUCCAGUUUCACACCCUCUUUCGGCAACUCCGCCUACGUCGCCAGUAUCUAUGGUGUUCAAGAUGAAUUCCAGGUCAGCAUUAACAUGUCUUUGCUGGGAAUCAGUCUGUAUGCUAUCGGAUUCGCCGUCGGACCUGCACUUGGGUCGACAGCCUCCGAACUUUGGGGCAGAAGCUGGAUCACGAAGGGAUCUCUACUGCUCUGUCUCAUUUUUACGGUCGUCUCGGGUUCAGCCACGACUUUCCGAACGAUGAUCGUUGGCCGCACGCUGGCUGGUAUCACUGGGUCCGCAAGCAUCACACCGUUGAUCGGCAUCUGCAACGACUUAUACAGCAAAGAGCAGCAUGCGAAGCAUGACACACUGGUAUCACUGUACGGUAUCGCAAUGGUUUGGGCCGCCAUCCUAGGACCGACGGCCGCAGAGGCCGUCGUGACCAGCCAUAACGAUGACUGGAGAUGGUCGUUCUGGCUGCUGGCGAUAUUGCUUGGAAUUUCGUUCGCCGUGCUCCUUCCUUUGCCCGAGACUUACAAGGCCGAAUUGCGCCAGGACUCUGCGAACCGCCUGGACAGACAAGGACAGAGCAAUCUGACGAUCCUCUUCAAAAUUGGCCUUGGGCGCCCACUACGUAUGCUUGCGGUGGAACUAGUAGUGCUUCCAUGCGCUUUGGUGGUGGCUGUCUGCCAGACAAUCUUCUUUUCGUUGUACGUUGCACUCCCAGUGCAGCUACAGCGCGAGCACGGCUUCUCCAACUAUCAGAUUGGUUUGUCAUUCCUCGCGAUCUUCAUCGGCAGCGUCAUCGGCCUUGUCAUACUCAGAGUUUGCGAUAUCAAACUAGCUCAGCCGAAAUUGACUCAACGUCUAACGGAAGUCAACGAAGGAAGACUUGUUAGUCCUAGGGAACGCCUAACUGGGCCGCUGAUUGGAGGGAUCUUGCAGGUGAUUUCGUUGUUUUGGCUCGCAUGGACAUGUCGCAAGGACAUUCACUGGGUCGUGCCACUACUCGCCCUCAUACCUUACGGAAUCUCGUGGGCAUUGCUUAUGCUAGGCAUGCCAGUGUACAAGAACGCCAUCUACAUGGCACAGUACGGCGCGUCCGCACUCGCACCAGAUCUCAUACUACGCUAUGUCAUGUCGUCUUUCUUUCCACUCUUCACGCCACAGAUGCUCGAUGCAAUGACGUUUGAGUGGACGGUGUCCUUCUUCGCCUUCCUGAGCAUUCCGAUGGCCGUGCUGCCAUUGGCUCUCUACCGCUAUGGGGACGCGAUGCUGCAGCGGUCGGUGUACCUCAAACGUCAAGGCGAGGAUAUCUGA